CGACGAUGGUCAUUGUUGAUGGUACAUUCCACCCUCACCACUCAACAAGAUGUCGCUAGAAGACAAGUUGGCCAGAAUUAAGUCUCCGAAUCUACAAAGUCAACAACAUACUGCCCUGGUCCUCACUUCUAUCGAAGAAACUCUUCGAGACCAGAACACAAAGUUCACUCCGACCGCCUACUUUGCCGCUCUCCUUGCUCUUCUCAAGCAGGUGCCUCCCGAGACGCAAAAGGACACUGAUAAUGAGCUCCUGACGUCCACCGUCUAUCUCCUUGAUCUCAUCACCUCACAUGUCCCCUCAGCGCUAUUGCGAUCGCAGUUCAACUCCAUUCUCACCCCUCUCACACCCUACCUCAGCCCUACGACAGAAAAUGCCCCCCUUUUGAGAUCGGCCAUCGGAUGUCUUGAGUCUUUGUUGAAAGAGCAGGAUAGUCACUCCUGGAAUCUGCCGCAGAACCAAACUAGCCCUCGACAGGCAAUUCAGGUGCUACUGAUACUUGCGGUCGAUUCCAGGCCUAAGAUUCGGAAGCGAACACAAGAGGCUUUGAUCCAGAUAUUGAAAAAUCCCCCACCUGGCCCUGCCAUCGACCAUCCGGCUGCAGAACUUUGUGCUGUCGCGACCCAAAACAAUCUAAAAAAUGCGGUGGGUCAAGUUCACCAGGCAAGGCGCCAACGAGGUCGACCUGACGACAGCCACGAUCCCGCCCUUAUCCAUGCUCUUCAGCUCACAAAAACUAUAGCAACUGCCUCGGGCGGAUGGCCAAGUAACAAGAUUGAGUCCCUCUGCGAGUUGUUGUUGUCAAUCUCCAAGUCCAAGAAUGAUUAUCUGGUUAUGAGCGCUUUUGAAGUUUUUGAAGUCAUCUUUGAAGGAAUCCAAGAUGAAGUCUCUUCUGCCAAGUUGCCACGAUUGUUGGAUGCCAUCACCGACUUGAAACCGGCCCAGAACGACUCGCAACUACUUCCGCCUUGGAUUGCCAUUAUGUCUCGGGGCUAUGGUACGGCGGCUACCCUCGAACCAGAAGAUACCUUUGUCAAGCUACCUGAAUUGUUUGAUUUGAUAUCUGCAUAUCUGACAAGUCCUUCCCACAAUAUCAGGGUAUCAGCUUCGGAAUGCUUGAUUUCGUUCUUUGCCAACUGCAUUCCUAACAGCGUUAUCAUCGAGCCCUCGAUUUACGAUGAGAAGACGUUGGAGCAACUCUCCAGUCGAACUUUGAGCCUUCUAGCCGUCAAGUACCAGACUGCCUGGAUUGAAGUCUUCAAUGUCAUCACCGCCCUAUUUGAUGCCCUUCGUUGGCGGGGGGAUCCUUUCCUCCUACCUAUUGUGAAAGCAAUUGGCGAACUGAGAGGCAAUGACGGCUUCCAAGGCAAGAAGCAGGCCGACGAAGUCCUAGGAAGCGCCAUCCGAAGUCUUGGUCCUCGUGCAGUGUUGACCAUCCUACCUCUGAAUCUAUUAAAACCGUCCCCAAAAAGUCCUGGCAGAGCUUGGCUAUUGCCUCUCCUGAGAGACUACGUGUCCAACACAAACUUGGCGCAUUUUAGAUCAGAACUCGUACCUCUGAGCGAAACAAUGUAUCAGAGAAUCAUCGACCAAAGCACAGGCGAGAAAACGACCGACAUCAAGAUUUUCGAAACCAUAGUCCACCAGACCUGGUCCAUAUUUCCAGGUUAUUGUGAUCUACCUCUUGAUAUUGGCAUCUCCCUGGACCAGUCCUUUGCGGAACUUGUGUCCAACCUCCUCUACCAACAGAUUGAUCUGCGUGCUGACCUUUGUCGAGGUCUGCAGAAUCUCGUCGAGUCCUUUCAAGCUUUACUUGCCUCAGACCUGUCAGACGAGGUAUUGCUACUGGAGCGCCAGAUGCGACGUUCAGAUGCAGAAAAAAGUUUGCAACACCUUGGACAGAUGGCCAGCAACUUGUUGGCUGUUCUGUUCAACGUCUACAGUCAAACCUUGCCCCAAUCACGAGCUUACAUAUUACAGUGCAUCAACGCUUAUCUGAGCAUCACGCCUGAGAAAGACUUGGUGGACACUUUCGAGCGUGUUUCAAAGAUGCUUCUGGAGGCCCUUCCGACGCCUGAUCAAUCCAUCCCCAAGAAGGAUCCAAAUCAGCCAGCUGGAAACAAACUCCCACCUACAUCUCACACUCUACUUGACCUUGUGAUUGCUCUGUCCAUCCACCUACCAAGAUCAACUUUUGCGGCGCUGUUUUCGAUAUCCUCGAACAUCCUCACGAAUCCGGCCAUCCUCAAGUCGGAUCCCCAGCUUAUCAAGAAAGCUUACAAGAUGAUUCCGCGAUUGGCCACCUCUGCUACAGGUGCUGAAGCGCUCAAAGCUCGAAACGCCGAGCUUCAACAAUUGAUUCUCCAAACAUCUGAAACGACUCCAGUGCCUGCGCGCAGAGAUCGGACCCUGGCCAUCGAAACCCUUGUGUCUUUCCUCCCAGUGACAGAUUUACAUUUCAUCCCCAGCAUUCUGAGCGAAGUUGUGCUCGCAUGCAAAGACAGCAACGAAAAGGCUCGUACUGCAGGGUUCAAUCUUCUUAUUGCGUUAACGAACAAGAUAUCAGACCCAGCCAAUCCCACUGGAACAGUCAUCCGCAAUCGCUUAGUCUCGCACAUGCCAGACGAUUCCCCUGAUGCCCCUGCAAACUUGGAAGAGGUUUUCACUAUGGUGAGUGCUGGCCUUGCAGGCGUCGCACCCCACAUGGUAGCCGCAAGCGUGACGGCUUUGAGUCGAUUACUCUUCGAAUAUCAUAACCAACUGUCCGACAAAACAAAAGAAGAGCUUGUCGACACAGUGGUUAUGUUCUUACAGUCCAACAACCGAGAAAUCGUUCGUGGCGUCCUUGGCUUCGUUAAAGUCAUGGUUGUUGUUCUACCGAUAGAUAUGCUCGAGCCUCGGAUGAGCUCCGUGAUUCCCGGCCUGAUGGUGUGGAGUAAGGAGAACAAAGGCCGUCUGCGAGCCAAGGUCAAGGGCAUCAUUGACCGCUUGCUUCGACGUUUCGAUAGUGCCAAGCUCGAGAAUUGGGUAGGCGGAGACGACCGAAAGAUGAUUGUCAAUAUCCGCAAACGCAGAGAACGAGCUCGCCGUAAAAGGGGGGCAGAAGACGCCGAUAGCGAUGACCAAGGCUCCAAUGGCGAAGAUCCACGCAGCAAACGUUACGACAAUGAGUUUGAUGAAGCUAUUUACGGGUCUGAAGACGAUGAUUCCGAAAUUGAUGGCGGCGGAGAUGAUGAUGGCGAAGACUCUGACGGCGACAAUACCAUGACUGGUGUUUCGUUCAAAAAGUCAAAUAAGGCUACUCCUGCAACUUCGUCGAGGAAGUCACGAGGUCCCAAUCAAUACAUCGUGCAAGACAAUUCCGAUGACGAACCACUGGACUUGCUCGACCCGAAAUCCAUGGCCAGUAUCACCUCACGAAAAGUGGGCCGUCGAGAGCCUCUCACAUCUUUGUCCCGUAAACGCACCAAGGCCAAGGUCAACGAAGAUGGCAAGCUCAUCUUCGGCGGCGGCGACACAGACCCCAAUGGUGACAUGGACAUGUCCAAUUCUACCAACAACGCCGAGGGGGCAAGUUCGAUUAAUGCCUAUCUUGACGCUGUGUCUGGAGCUGAUGCCGUGAGACGAGGUCAGAAGGGCCGCUUGAAGGUCAAAUCUGGAAUGCAAAAGAAGACCAUGGCUGAGACACGUGAACGGGAUCGAGACGAGAUGAAUCUCGACGUCGAGGAGGCAAGGGAGGUUGCGAGAAAGAUCAUGGCUGGCAAAACUGGCGGUCAGUCCCCCAAGUCGCCGUCUCGUGGUGGUGGGGGCCUUUCAAGGCCACAGCAGCAAAGACGUGGUCUUGGGGAGGAGAAACGAAGGGAUGGCGGCGCAAGUCAAGGUCGACACCAAGCAGGACAAAAGUUUCGAGGUGGGAGUGGUGUAGGCAAGAGGAGUGGGAGGGGCAAUGUCAGGUUUUCUAAUGGCAAGGGUGGUGGUAGGGGUGGUAGAGGCGGGCGUGGUGGCCGCAACUAAACUUGGGUUAGCUGACGCGAGGCGAGACGAGGCGAGCUUACUACACCACGGAUGUACAAAGAGCCAUGGUGUGUCCUCGCGUAUGCGCAUGUGUGUAUAUAGCAUCCUGUCUUUGUGCAUUAAUGAACUUACGAAUCUG